AUGCAAUCUAUUCAAAGCAACAGCAAUUAAAUACAGCCCACAAUGGGAAGAGACAGAUAUGGUUAAUCUCUAUCAGUGGCCUUGCCAAUUUCACCAGUUAAGAAACUUGAUGUGACCAAUGUGACAUUACGAAAAUAUGAUCGUUAUACAGGGAAUCCGGAAACCAUAGCUUGGGAGAAACAUUUGUUAUGCGAAAUCGGAGAUGAAGAUUUGAACUUUAUAAAAGAUUUUUACUUAGAAGAGAAAUCAUACAAAGAUGAAGAGUUUUACUUCAGGUACAUCGAUUCAAUCAGAAGCAAAUAUCUGGCUGGAGCAAAGGAAGCUUACACAUUGGCAAAAGACAUAUGCAAAUAGUUGGUGGCCGAAGAUCUGAUAAAGACUUAGAGAUUAAGGAAGAACCAUAAAUAAGUGACCCAAAGGAUCAGACAAACAUUAGGAACAUUUAAGCAGACUAAAAAUGAAGAUAUCUUGAGAUGGAAAACUGGAUUGAAGAAAUUAUUUCACGAGAUGAGAGAUGCAAUCUAACACAUUCUGGAUGCAGGAGGGGAAAAGGAAUUCUUUAGAUUGGAAGAAUUAAUAAAAUAGAAAUAACACAUAACAGAAGAUUUUCUUAAGGGACUUCCAAUUAGAAAUGUUUAGGAAAUCAACAAAUAUUUGCAAUCAAUAAGACUGUUCAUCUCUAAAAAAACAGAUGAGUUCUAAUAACACAAGUUAGAACACGGAGAUGAUUUCCACUUUGAUGAGAAAACUAUUAGGGAAUUGUCGAGAUCCUCAUUGGAGGACACAGCUUCCUGUUACUCUGAUCGGUUGACUGAGAUUAGAGCACAUUCUAAGAGGGAGAAAUAGAAGGAGGCUGAGAAGUAGAUAGAAAAGUUUUAUGAUCUGAAUUAAUUGAAAAAUAAAUGGAAAACUACUAAUGUAGAUUAAUUGAAGGGAACGAUUAGGAGAGUUUUAGUGAAGGAGACGUUAUCUGAAGCUGAACACAUUCGUGCAAGGGCGUAUAGGUUGGAAUAAGAGAAAAAGGGGAUUUAGAUUUUAAAAGUGUAGAAACCGAGGAAGGUUUAAUAGACGGCUUAACAAAGGAUUCAGGAAAGGAAGGAAAAGAAAGAUAAGAGAUCAGUGGCUGAAUAAUAAAGGAAACAUACUUUAACUAGGGAGGAAAUGAAGACGGAACAAUUGAAACAAGAGUUUUUUACAAAAUACAAUCCUAAAUCUAGCAUUGGAGAAUAAUUUUGUGUUGCUGUUGGUUAUAAUAAUUUAUUUUGA